AUAAUAAUCUAAGGUUACUUAUCCGUGCUAAAUAAAUAAGAUGUUGAAAAACCUAUGUACAACACAAUUAUAUCUAUUAAAAGGUGCAAACAAUUUGAAGCAACAAGUGCGGACCACUUUCGUCUUGAAGCGCAAAUAUGAGCCGCUGUUACACAAGACGAACGAGAAGCCCCGUCGCCUACGCGCAAAACACUUCAUCUAUGAGCUUGUGGAGGAUACACAAGUAAAAAAACGCCCUAACAUGGAAGUGGUGCUGAAAACCUUCGUAGAGGGUGUUGGCGACAAGGGCGAUGUGGUCUCAAUGAAGCCAUAUUUCGUGUACAACAAGUUGUUGUUGCCCGGCUUGGCGACUUAUAAAACACCCGAAAACAUUGUCAAAUAUUCGAAGACGGAAGCCGAAAAGUCGGCUGUGCAGCAUAGUUCGGCAUAUGCACAACGCACUGUCAACAUGCUAGAGUCAAUCGUUCUAGCGGUUAUAAUGAACAAGGAUGAGCCCUGGGUAUUAGAACCAUGGCACAUUAAAGCUUCCUUACGCAAGGCGGGCUUUCACUGCAAAGAGGAAUGCAUAAAGCUACCCACAGAACGCAUUGAAGGACCCGACCUAAGAAAGGAGAAUAAGGAAUUCAGCUGUAUCAUAACAAUUAACAAGCUGGAACAGGCCACACUCAAAUGUCGCAUUCAUCACUGGAGCACUGACCCGAGCGAACGCUUGCCCUAUGUCUUCGAACACUGGAAGCUGCCAGCAGAGCCACUGCUCGAAUCAAGCCAAAUCGAGGCACCAACAAGCAAUGUUCAAAAACCAACUGUUAAAUGAAUAUAUCUUAUAUAC